AUGGAGAAACGAGGUGGCCGUCAGCGGAGAGGCCCGGCUCGGUGUGUGGCAAGUGCCGUCAGUCCCAUCUGCCAGGCGAUGGAAGCAGAUCAAGAUUUCACCAUGGGCCAAAUCUUCCACUCCUCCUCCUCCUCUGACCACAUUAGAGGUGUAACGCAUUGGUGGUCUUUGAUUCCUCCACUUGAAAAGGGACGCCCCACAAAGAGAUCAGAUGUCAUUUGGAACCCCCUCCUCUCCCCCGCCCCCCCCUCCCGGCCCCCACCUGCCUUCAACUAUAACAUACUCCUCACCAAUGAUCAGUUGUGA